CCGUCGGCCAGCUGUCCUCGGCGUGCUACGCCGCGGCAGCGAGCGCCUGGGAGGCCCCAAAACAUGGGUCGUGGGAGUCGCCAUCUCGCUGGCCAUCGACCUCACGAUCCUGAUCCUCGUCGCCGCCAUCAUCACCGUAAGUGGCCUCGCGGCUUUCGGCAUCUUCGAUGACACCAGCAC